ACAGCCAGCAGUAAACAGUGUGGUGGUGGUGAUGGGCAAGAGAUGGUCUUCACUACAUAACCAUGGAGAGCCACAAUGCCAGCCGUCCUUGGAGGUACCAGCCGUGCAUCACCUCAACUAAUGGUUGCUCUGAGUCGGUCAAAAUUCUAAGACUGACUGCUGUGCCAUAUCUGUUCACCUACCCCCAACCUGAUGUUACCUCUCCAGAACCAACAACAGACUGUGAAGAGAUCAUUGUUGAAUCUACUGAACAAAGAAAAUCUGUGACUUUAGAGAACACAAGACAAAAGGAUGUGGCAGGAAACAGAGUAAAGAAACCCAGAGGUGAGAAUAAAGAAUAUGGUGGACAUUCACUCUUAGCAAGUUUAAAGGAAGAUUGGCUUCCUUCAGUAAGGGGUGAGAAAAAGCGAGCCGAUUUCUCCUCAGCUCAGGUAAUAGAAGAUGAUCAGCUUCCUCAUCCGGAAUUCAGCAUAACUAUUGAUGAUGAUGUCACCGAGUGUAUAGAUUCAUCACAGCAUGAGGUGAUCCCUUCAGUUAGUACUCAUAAGAAAGAUGAUCUCUUCACAGUAAAGUGGCACAAUAAAACAAGAGUCAAAAAGCAAAAGAGACUUAGAGCAGUUGACAUCACACAGAGAAGGAGUCUGGCCAGAGGUCCACUAACAAGAAGUCGGCAGAAAAAACUGGUCUUCAGUGGCCAUGAAGAUGUGGGGAACAAGUUGACAAGCUUCUCAGAAGGUCGAGGGUCUCUGGUUGAUAAGGAAGAUACGGACAGUGUUACAAGUGAUGACCCUGACUUCAUUGACCCUGAUGACCCCAAUGACCCUGACUUCAUUGACCCUGAUGACCCCAAUGACCCUGACUUCAUUGACCCUGAUGACCCCAAUGACCCUGACUUCAUUGAUCCUGAUGACCCCGAUAACUCCAGCGACCUCGAAAACCCAGAUGAUCCUGACCCUGUGGUAAUGAGUGACAAGGAGACAUUCAACAAAUUUCCUCAAGAUGGCUCAUUAUCCUCCUCAAAAGAUACGACGCUAAAUGCUGCUUUCAAAUGGAUGCCGGAAGUUCUACAGACAUUUAUUACCCGAUCAAACAAGCUCAGAAUAGCUCACGUAACUGCCAGCUCAGUGAUGGUGGUGAAUCCUGCCUUUUAUGUGGAUGAAGAAAAGAAGAACAUGGAUUUUGACGGAGAUACGGUAUUGAGGCCGGUGUUUGCGAUCAUCAAUGAGUCAUGCGUAAAGAUGAUAGUUCUCGGCAAACUGUUUGAGGAAGUAGACAUCGGCAAUAUUCAAGCUUCGAUAGAUAUACUGAAGAAAGUUGAAAACAAGUUUAUUCAGAACCAGUACAUAUUCUGCCCAGGUGUCAGUGAAACGUACAUAAAAGCAUGUCAAGCUGUGGGCAUCAAGGUACCUCUUCAUACAUUUGACAAGUAUUUCUAUUGUGGCCGAGUGUCAUAUCAUGAUAAGAUUUGUGAAAAGUUCUAUAGAAAGAGUAAUUCUGUGUCAAUGAGCAAGAUACAAGGUUAUGCUUAUACCUGCAGGUGCUGUAACCACAAGAUUUAUUACUACAGAGCUCGCUACAGACGUAGAAAAUUGGGAGUCAUUAAUGUAAAAGUUCUUAAGACUCUCCCAUCCCCUAACCUGUCCAAGAAGGUGUUUCCCAGAUACCGGUAUUCUCAAAAUAGUUCACUCAGUGGACACCUCAGGAGGAGAAGCAUGAGACACACGGAUGUUGACUUAAUAAAACUGUCUGAAAAUAUGAAAGAAAGGUUUUUUACAUUAAACAGUAAACAGAACAAAGACUUUUUGGAGGUAUUAACAACACUGAAGAAUGAUAAGUUAUUUCUUGAGAUCUUUAAGAGAGAUUCCUCGGAGGCCGUUAAUGCCAGAAAAUGGGCCGCUCUCUAUGUGUGGGACGGGGAAGUUAAGAAGGCAACUUAUGUGAGGGAUCGGUUGUUGGCUGAUGAAACAGAGGCUUACAACAACUGCAAUCAACUUAAUGACCAUUCGUCUGAAAUUGCCAAAGACACUUGCAUGCGGUACAAGAAUGAGAUCUGUAAUCGCUGGAGUAUGGUCACGUUCAGGAUCGCCCUCGCCAUAUACCUGAGGAACAAUGAAUCUUACAAGUCAAUUGAAUCAUUCAGAAUCCUCGACCUGCCUUCACUACACCCGCUGAACGAGUACAAUUUUGAGGUGGAAAACCAAUCCAAGACACACUUAGAAUAUAUCAGCGAACAAUCUAAGAAAUACUUUGCAUUAUCUAAAGAGUAUAAGGCAGAGGGACUUCCACCAUGCCUGGCAGAAGGAGCCCUCAUCAUCGACCAAAUGAAAAUCAUAUCAAACGCGGUUUGGUACGGGAUACACGAGUCCCUCAACGGUCAUGACCUGAGCCAGGAGGAACUGUUGAGUCUUUGUGAUAUAUUCAACGCAUCAGCUGAAGUCAAAACACCUCGGCCUGAUGGGUAUGUACUUCAGACGGUGUGGCGGGACAUGUGCUAUGAACAUGACAUCAUCGGGCCACACUUUCAUUUGUCUCAAGAUGUAAAGGGACCUCAACUGGCUAGUUAUCUUCUUUGGACCAUUAAGAGUUUUAAUGACUUUGGACUCAAGACAAUAGCUGUUGUAUGCGAUUAUGCCGCCAUCAACGGAGCUUGUGUACGAGGAAGUCUUGGGGAGGGCAGUCCAUUAGGGGUCCGCUCUGAUGAAUUCUCUGAAAUAAACCCCACAUUCACCAACCCCUUCGACCCUUCCAUAAAAAUAUCAUGGAUUGUUUGCCCUAAUCAUAUGCUGAUUAAUGUGAUCAACGCCUUACACUCUUCUCAGCCUGAAGGGUCAAAAGAUUUCCAGUAUGGUGGCAUCUCCUUUGGGUGGAAGGCCCUGGAGUUCCUUCUUGAGAAUGAUAUAGAGAGAAAGAAAAAGAAUGAACCCAGAAUUGCUCCCCUUCUUCGCAAGAGCUACAUUGAGCGUCGCCACACAAUAAAGUUUCAGUAUGCCCUGUUUCCAUCAAGAAUACUGCAGACAAUGGAGGUCUUGGAUGCUCUAGAAAAGGAAACUAAACAAACAGUGCAUGAAGACCUAAAACCUAUGAUGGAAAAGACUUGGGAAUUUUUAACAGCAUCCAACAAAAUUUUUGAAAAGGGUUUACUGAGCAACUCUGGUGUUACUGCUACUGAUGAAGAGGCCAUAAGUAACAUGGUGGAGGGGUAUCACUGGUUCUGUGAAUGGCAGAAACAAGCACACACAGCAACUGACUUUCAAGUGAGGAAUCCCCGACAGAAGGAGUUUCUGUCCUGGCAGACGUGGGAUGGGCUGCAGCUCUCAGUGCAUGGAUUCAAGAGCUUAUGCAAGAACUUCCACAGCAGACAUCCAGACAGAGCCAUUGUGCCCAUCAGACUGAAUGGGAUUGCAGUUGAGGAUAUAUUUUCUCUAGUGAGGCAUCAUUGUGGCACUGGCAGAGGGAAGGCAAAAGUUUCAGCAUUGAGUUAUCCUGUGGGACUGUCUGAAGUUAAGUUUCAUAGAAAGCUAAAGAGAAAGCAUAAGAGAUAUGACAUUGUACAAAGAUCUUGCAAGGAAUUGAAGAUGUCAUAACUGAUAAAUACUGUACUCUGGCGGCCAAUGCCUUAAAACUUACCAAUACUGUUAAGUACAAUAUUGCAUUACUGUAUGUCUUAAGAAAUACAAGAACCAACAUAUUCUUAUACAGUGAAAUUUAUGUACAUGUUAUUGAAGUCGGAGAAAUCUAAUAAAAUCAAGUUAAGGUUAAAAAUAAAAGUUUUUUUGAUUACCAAA